AUGGGUCAUGAAAUUUCCCAAAACAAAUUCGAUAUUUCCUCUUGCUGUGUCGAAUUGGUCCCACCAAGCCCUUCAGGUGAGCCCUUGAUUUUACCAAAUUUGAAGCUAAAAGUUUUGAUUGAAGCUAUUAGGAUGGUACUAGAAAUUGUUUAUGAUGAAAAGUUUGUGACAUUUUCUUAUGGCGGACGUGUUGGAAUGGGCAGACAUACAGCCAUCAGGUACUUAAAGAACAAUGUAACAAACCCAAGUUGGUGGUUUAAUGUUUCGUUUUGUCCUAACAAGUUUGACGAGUUUAAUGUUGAUAAGUUGUGUUUGUUUAUUGGGGAGAAAAUUAGGGAUGCUAUGUUGAUUGAUGUGAUAAAGAAGUUGUUUGAAUGUCAAGUGGUUAGAGUUGAAUUUGGUGGGUGUUAUUUGGGGAGAGGGUUUCCUCAAGAAAGCGGGUUGUGUUCGAUUUUGAUUAAUAUUUAUUUCAAUGGGUUUGAUAGAGCAGUUCAAGAAAUGAGACUUCAAAUGAAUAACGAAAAUCGUAAAUUUGAGUUGACUGAGCUAGAUUUGAGUAACUCCAAUGUUUUCUAUAAGCCAGUGAAACUGUAUGCAGUUAGGUACUUGGAUGAGAUAUUGAUAAUUACAUCGGGGUCAAAGAUGCUAACAAGGGAGUUGAAGAACUGGGUUUUGGAUUUUUUGGAAGGGAAUUUGGGGUUGAAGGUGGAUAGAGUUAAAACAGCCAUCCAUAGUGCUGUAUCAGAGAAGAUUACUUUUUUGGGGAUGGAAUUGCAGGCUGUUCCUCCUUCUGUUUUGCAUCCCCCUAUGUCCGAAAAGGCAAUUAGAGCAAGGAAGAAGUAUCUUAGACAGAAGGAAGUUAGAUCUUUAGAAUUGAGGAAUGCUAGGGAGAGGAAUAGGAAAGAGUUGGGUUUGAAAAUAUUGAGGCAUGUCUUUAAGAAGUUGAAGCAGAGUAACAAUGGCUUUAAAUUUGAAUUUCAAAUUGAGAAUGAAGUAAGGGAAAUUUUUAGCACUUGGGCAGAUGAAGUAGUCCAAGAGUUCUUGGGGUCCUUGGAAGAACGAUGGAACUGGCAUCGGCUGCUCUCUAGAGGUGAUUUUUUAUCUUCAAGACAUGUCAGAGAUCAGUUACCACAAGAUCUUGUUGAUGCUUAUGACAAAUUCCAAGAACAAGUUGACAAGCAUUUGACACCUAUCAAAGCUAGAAUGGCAUUGGAAGAAGAAGAAAGGAGGGUAAGAGAUGAAGAAGAGCAGAAAUAUUCUGAGCGCAUGGUAGAUGAUCUGACCAAGCUGUGUAUGAAAGUUUCUGCACCUAUAGAACUUGUUAGGAAGGCUGUUAGAACGGCUGGUUUUACAAAUAAUAUGGGUCGUCCCAGGCCAAUCAGCUUACUAUUUGCAUUGGAAGAUGCUGACAUUGUUAAGUGGUAUGCUGGUGUUGGGAGAAGAUGGCUUGAUUUUUUCUGCUGUUGUCACAACUUCAAAAUGGUGAAAACAGUUGUUUCUUAUCACCUGAGGUUCUCUUGUAUUUUGACAUUGGCACACAAGCAUGAAUCCACCAAACUUGAAGCAAUUAAACAUUACACUAAAGAUUUGAAAGUUUCAGAUAUGAAUGGAAACGAAGAAGUUUACUUCCCAACAGAGAGGGAUGUCAAGAUGAUGGGUGAUAAAAAUCUUUCAGACCCGAAACCAGUGGAUGGGGCUAUAUCUUUGGCUUUAAUUAGAUUGGCAUCUGAUGAGCCAUCGCAUUCUUGUAUUGCUCAUUUCUGUGACAGCAUUGAUACAAUCAUGUAUAGAGUUAGGUUACUGCAAAAUCAUCUAAAUAUUAAUCCCCUGGAUGAAGCACAUUGGGUUAAGGGUAUGGGUGUUAUUCAUGAAUCUUUGAAUCAAAAAUGCCUUCCACUUUGUGGUGAUCACAUAAAUGAUUUAUACAUGGAUGAUCUGCAACAAGAGGGCUGAAAUGUAUUUGAACCAACAAAAAGAAAAUAUUGGAGUAACCCAAGAAAACAAAGCAAAUAAAAGAAGAGCAAAAUGACACAUAUCCAUAGUCUUUGAUUCAAGAAGCCUUGCAAAUUUCAUCCCAGGUGUUGUAGCUUGAAAUGGAAGCAUUUGACUGGUAUAUGUUGGUGAGAAUCUCUGAAAAAAUGUUUUUAAGUUCAACUCGUUUUAGCCUUUGCGCAACAAGUGGAACUCUCGAAAUCUUAUAUCUUUUGUUUUAGGAAAAUUACGAAGGUUUGAAAACUUUAAUAUCUUGCUUACAAUAUAGAUUUAUCACUCUUCACUUGCAGUUGUUUUAGACAAAGUUGCCGUUGCUAAUCAAAGUACAUCUUUCGUGAUAAAAAAAUGGCAUAUAUGUGUAUCCUUUGAGGUACAAGCAGAAUGUCCCUUUGUCGUGGCAGCUCUCGUUAAAGAAAUAUUUCAAGUUUGAAUCUUUGUAGAAAAAAAGAACUAGACACACUCAGCCUUGCACAUGAAAUCAUGUACUAUUUUCUUUGAUGCGAUCAUCAGAAGUCAUAAGAGACCAAUAAAAUGGUCGAUGCUAGGGAUUUCACAUAUAAAGCUAAGUGAAUCACACAUAUCUACCGUUGUGUAAGGAUGAUAAAACUGGGUCUGGAUGCAUGAGAAGAGCCAGCUGUUAUGGUUCCUUGAUGGUACACAUUUUCAGCAUGGUAAAGCUGAGUACAUUCAGAAGUAUACAGUUGAUUUGAUUUCUUAAAUGCUCUACAUAUUUUCAUGUUAAAGUCUUACAUCCCUGCAAUGCCCAUGGGAUCAGUGUUUGGUUGUACUUUCAUAAUCCAAGCAUUGAAAUAGGUUUCUUCCUACCAAAUUGUGGAAGGAUCAAUUGCCCAAGAAGGGUUUACAUGGUUUCUUUGCUGGCCUUUUGGAUACUGAAUUCCUGCUUUAACGAUCUGCUGAUGAGGAAAAAUGAUUUUUUCAUUUUUAGUCACGUGAGAGUUAUAGGGUAUUGAAUCUUGCCUUUACAACAAGUGGGCUUUGGAAAUGCAAGAUUUGGUGAAUGAGAAAAAGAGUAGGUUUUGAGACACUGAGAAUCAAAGAAUGUCUUCUGCAAAUUUAUUUAUUUAUACAGAACGUACUCUCCUUCAAAACAUGUGUUCAUAUAUAUUUUUUUUAUCUACUCUACAAUGUUAAUAUAAACGCGGACUUUGUUUCCUUUUAAGUUUUAAUCCCCACAAUUCUCAUUUCCUUUAGUUUUAGUCUUCUACAUGGCUUCAAUUAGAGGGGGCAAACCGGAUAGUGGGUUCCGGUUAGGGUUUGAGUUGGGUUAU